AAGGCUUGAUUCACAUCACAUUAUUAAGUAGAGUCAGUUGUUUCAACGCCUAUCCAGAGUGCGCGUUGGCUGGACGAGAACUAUUUCUCCUCAUUCGACUUCCACUUCACAAACUUAUUUGAGAUUUUGUACUUGAGAUUUUAUAUAUAUUUUUUACCAGUGCAUCGACCUCACAGCUCAAUCUGAAAUCGCUUUUGCGCUGGAAAUCCUAUGCGUAAUGGUGAUCUCCAAAAAGGACACUGAACUGCAAAACGUUUCGCUUUUAAGCUUUUAACCUACCUCGCUUUAAAACAAAAAUGCAGCUCCUUUUCUAUGUGUCAGUAUUGUUUUGCUUAAACUACGUGGUCGCGGAUACUAAAGCAAAGUGUCCGGAGCGCUGCGAUGUGAGCAUGUGUCCGAGUCCGAGCUGUCCGAGCGGUUAUGUUCCCGAUCGCUGCAACUGCUGUCUGGUGUGCGCGCAGGGCGAGGGCGAGCCCUGCGGCCGUAAAGACGAUCUACCCUGCGGGGACGGGCUGGAGUGCAGGCAUCCGUCUGGAAAGAGACUGUCCAAAGGCGUAUGUCAGUGCCGGUACAGAAGUAAACUGUGCGGUAGUGACGGCAACACGUACGGUAACAUCUGCCAGCUGAAAGCCGCGAGCAGGAAAGCGCUGCAGCAGGGUCUGCCCGGAGUCUCAAAUUUACACAAAGGACCCUGUAAAACUGACCAAGGUCCCACACAUCCCAGCAGCCCAAGGUACAAAUUUAACUUCAUUGCUGACGUAGUGGAGAAGAUCGCCCCUGCUGUGGUGCACAUUGAGCUGUUCCUCAAUCACCCCCUCUUUGGCCGGACAGUUCCAUUAUCGAGUGGAUCAGGCUUUGUAAUGUCAGAGACAGGCCUAAUCGUGACCAAUGCCCAUGUGGUGUCCAGCACCACGCCUGUGUCGGGUCACCAAAGACUCAAAGUACAGAUGCGUGAUGGAGACGUGUAUGAGGCCACUAUCAAAGACAUCGAUAAGAAGUCUGACAUCGCCACUAUCAAAAUCAACCCACAGAAAAUGUUGCAGGUUUUACUACUGGGUCACUCCGCAGACCUGCGGCCGGGGGAGUUUGUGGUGGCCAUCGGCAGCCCUUUUUCGCUGCAGAACACAGUGACGACAGGAAUUGUCAGCACAGCACAGAGAGAUGGGAAAGAACUGGGUCUCCGGGACUCCGACAUGGAUUACGUCCAGACAGAUGCUAUCAUCAAUUAUGGGAACUCAGGUGGACCGCUUGUCAAUUUGGAUGGAGAGGUCAUUGGUAUUAACACCCUGAAGGUGGCUGCAGGAAUCUCCUUUGCCAUUCCUUCAGACAGAAUCACUCGCUUUUUAAAUGAUUCUCUUGGAAAGCAAAACAAAGAGGUGAGAUCAGUGAAGAAACGUUUCGUUGGAAUUCGAAUGCUCACCAUCACUGAAGCCCUCGUGGAAGAGCUGAGGCAGCAGGAUCCAGAUUUCCCUGAUGUCAGCAAUGGGAUCUAUGUUCAUGAGGUGGUUCCUCACUCCCCUGCUCAGAAAGGGGGCAUCAGAGACGGUGACAUCAUCGUUAAGUUGAACGGAGAGCCGCUGAUGAGCACCAGUGACUUGAAGGAAGCGCUCAACAGAGACACGACCCUGCUGCUGGAGGUGCGCCGUGGCAACGACGAUCUUCUCUUCAACAUCGAGCCUGAUGUCAUCAUGCACUGAUGUCAUCAUCUGCGAAUGUAAAUCAUCAAGGACGACAUUGGCUAAAUCAUGUGCAUUCAAGGCCGAAGGGCAGUCGGUGCAUCAUGAACACCAACGAUCUCUUGAACAAGCAGAGAGAAAGCUAACAAUCAGGUCAAAUCUCUGUAAAGAGAGUUUAUAUGAAAAGCACUUCAUCUAGUGCUGUCUCUUGAAGCAGGUUUGAAGAGAAGACUGAUUUAGGAAAACUUGCAGUGCUGUAUUUCAUAUAGAAGACAAAGCUGGUGGUAUUUGAGCAGUUUUUUUUGUGAGAGAACUGGUCAACCCACAAUGAAAUGUCAGGAGGAAUUUCAUUAAAAUAAAUAUCUUAAAUUCUACGAAACCUAAACACUUAUAAAUGAACGAGGAUUUAAAAUAUGAAUACUUGACAAAUGUAUAGUAAUGCAAUGUAAGUCGCUUUGAAUAAAAGCGUCUGCCAAGUGCAUAAAUGUAAAUGUAAGACUUGUUUCCCUUUCUCAAACUAUCAAUGCUGAAUCUGUGUUGGGACACCAGUGGCGUAAAUCAAUUGCUGUGCGAGGAUUUGUUACCUUUUUUAUCAAGUUUUAUAAUUAAAUUUUUGUAUAAGCCGA